AAAGAAAAAGAUGACCUUAAAGUAAAGUCAUGAUUCAUUUUGAUUCAUAUGCAUUGAGACAUUGGCAUAAGCUGCACUUUCAUUCAUCCAUUUCCAACCAUGGCAGUAGAAUUAAUUGCUGGUGCUCUUCUUUCUUCUUUCCUUCAGGUUGCAUUUGAAAAGCUUGCUUCUCCUCAAGUUCUGGACUUCUUUCACGGAAAAAAACUUGAUGAGACGCUUCUGAGAAAGUUGAAAAUUAAGCUGCAGUCCAUCGAUGCUCUGGCUGAUGAUGCUGAACGAAAGCAGUUCGCAGAUCCACGCGUGAGAAACUGGCUUCUUGAGGUCAAAGAUAUGGUUUUUGAUGCAGAGGAUCUCUUGGAUGAAAUACAAUAUGAAUUCUCCAAAUGGGAACUCGAAGCUGAAUCUGAAUCUGAAUCUCAGACCUGUACCGGCUGUACUUGCAAGGUACCAAAUUUCUUCAAAUCUUCUCCUGCUAGUUCCUUUAACAGGGAAAUUAAAUCCAGGAUGGAAAAAAUCCUUGAUAGCUUAGAAUUUCUCUCAAGCCAAAAGGAUGAUCUAGGCUUGAAAAAUGCUAGUGGCGUUGGCGUUGGAUCAGAAUUGGGUAGUGAAGUACCACAGAUAUCACAAUCAACAUCUUUGGUGGUUGAAAGUGAUAUUUAUGGCAGAGACGAAGACAAAAAAAUGAUUUUUGAUUGGCUGACAUCUGACAACGGCAAUCCUAACCAGCCAUCGAUACUUUCUAUUGUGGGCAUGGGUGGGAUGGGUAAGACCACACUUGCUCAACAUGUAUUCAAUGACCCUAGGAUCCAGGAGACUAAAUUUGCUGUCAAAGCUUGGGUCUGUGUUUCAGAUGAUUUUGAUGUUUUCAGGGUAACAAGAACAAUUCUUGAGGCCAUCACUAAAUCGACUGAUGAUAGUAGAGACCUAGAGAUGGUUCACGGAAGAUUGAAAGAAAAAUUGACGGGGAAGAAAUUUCUUCUUGUUUUGGAUGACGUUUGGAACGAAAACCGACUUAAAUGGGAAGCUGUGCUAAAACCUCUUGUUUUUGGAGCUCAGGGGAGUAGAAUUAUUGCCACCACACGUAGUAAGGAAGUUGCUUCUACCAUGAGGUCAAAAGAACACCUCCUGGAGCAAUUACAAGAAGAUCAUUGCUGGAAGUUGUUUGCUAAACAUGCAUUCCAAGAUGAUAAUAUUCAACCAAAUCCAGAUUGCAAGGAGAUUGGCACGAAGAUAGUUGAAAAAUGUAAAGGACUUCCUCUGGCCUUGAAAACAAUGGGAAGUCUAUUACACAACAAGUCAUCUGUUAGGGAAUGGGAAAGCAUAUUGCAGAGCGAGAUAUGGGAAUUUUCAACAGAGUGUAGUGGUAUUGUACCGGCUUUAGCACUAAGCUAUCACCAUCUUCCUUCUCAUCUAAAGAGAUGUUUUGCUUAUUGUGCCUUAUUCCCCAAAGAUUAUGAGUUUGAUAAGGAGUGCUUAAUACAAUUGUGGAUGGCUGAAAAUUUUCUACAAUGUCCUCAACAGGGUAAGAGUCCAGAAGAAGUUGCUGAACAGUACUUCAAUGAUCUAUUAUCAAGGUGCUUCUUUCAACAAUCAAGUAACAUAGAGGGAACACAUUUUGUCAUGCAUGACCUUCUCAACGAUUUGGCAAAAUAUAUUUGUGGGGACAUUUGUUUCAGAUCAGACGAUGACCAAGCAAAAGAUACACCAAAAGCAACCCGUCAUUUUUCAGUUGCAAUCAAUCACAUUCGAGACUUUGAUGGGUUUGGAACUCUAUGUGACACAAAAAAGUUACGUACUUAUAUGCCAACAAGUGGCAGAAUGAAGCCUGAUUCCCGCUACCGUUGGCAGAGUUGGCAUUGUAAGAUGCCAAUACAUGAAUUGUUGUCCAAGUUUAAUUACUUACAUAUCUUAUCUCUGUCUGAUUGUCAUGACCUAAGAGAGGUGCCUGACUCUAUAGGUAAUCUUAAAUAUCUCCGUUCAUUAGACUUAUCCAAUACUGAAAUAGUAAAACUACCUGAAUCAAUAUGUUCACUCUACAACUUGCAAAUACUGAAGCUGAAUUGUUGUGGAAGUUUGAAGGAGCUGCCCUCAAAUUUGCAUAAACUCACUGAUUUGCAUCGCCUUGAAUUAACAUAUUCUGGAGUGAGAAAGGUACCAGCACAUUUGGGAAAACUGAAGUAUCUUCAAGUAUUAAUGAGUCCGUUUAAGGUUGGCAAAAGUAGGGAGUUCAGUAUCCAGCAGCUAGGAGAACUCAAUCUUCAUGGAAGUCUAUUAAUUCAGAACCUGCAGAAUGUUGAGAAUCCCUCAGAUGCAAUAGCGGUGGAUUUAAAAAAUAAAACACACCUUGUGGAGGUAGAGUUAGAAUGGGAUUCAGAUUGGAACCCUGAUGAUUCAACAAAAGAAAGGGAUGAAAUUGUAAUCGAGAAUCUACAGCCUUCCAAACACUUGGAGAAGUUGAGGAUGAGGAACUAUGGGGGUAAACAAUUUCCAAGGUGGUUAUUAAACAAUUCAUUAUUGAAUGUGGUAUCCUUAACCUUGGAGAACUGUCAAUCUUGUCAACGUUUGCCUCCCCUUGGACUUUUGCCAUUGCUGAAGGAGCUUUCAAUUGAAGGGCUUGAUGGGAUUGUGAGUAUUAAUGCUGAUUUUUUCGGGAGUAGCUCUUGUUCAUUUACGUCCUUGGAAUCUUUGAUGUUCCACAGUAUGAAGGAAUGGGAAGAAUGGGAAUGUAAAGGUGUGACAGGUGCUUUUCCACGUCUUCAACGCCUUUCUAUAGUGCGUUGUCCCAAGCUGAAAGGUUUGCCUCCCCUUGGACUUUUGCCAUUUCUGAAGGAGCUUUUAAUUGAAAGGCUUGAUGGGAUUGUGAGUAUUAAUGCUGAUUUUUUCGGGAGUAGCUCUUGUUCAUUUACAUCCUUGGAAUCUUUGAAGUUCUUCGAUAUGAAGGAAUGGGAAGAAUGGGAAUGUAAAGGUGUGACAGGUGCUUUUCCACGUCUUCAACGUCUUUCUAUAGAGGAUUGUCCCAAGCUGAAAGGGCACUUGCCAGAGCAACUAUGUCAUUUAAAUUAUCUAAAGAUUUCUGGAUGGGACUCUCUAACGACCAUUCCGCUAGAUAUGUUCCCAAUACUCAAGGAGCUUGAUCUCUGGAAGUGUCCUAAUCUACAGAGGAUUUCACAGGGGCAGGCUCAUAAUCAUCUCCAGACUCUGAAUGUCAUAGAGUGCCCCCAAUUAGAAUCAUUGCCUGAAGGAAUGCAUGUCCUCCUUCCAUCUCUUCAUCAUCUGGUCAUAUAUGAUUGUCCAAAAGUUGAAAUGUUUCCAGAAGGAGGUUUGCCAUCAAAUUUAAAAGAAAUGGGUCUCCAUGGUAGUUACAAACUUAUCUACUUAUUGAAAAGUGCCUUGGGAGGCAAUCACUCUCUAGAAACCUUAGAUAUUGGAAGAGUGGAUGUUGAGUGUCUUCCUGAGGAAGGUGUACUGCCACACUCUCUUGUUAAUCUAUGGAUAAGGGAGUGUGGAGAUCUAAAAAGACUGGACUACAAAGGUCUCUGCCACCUCUCCUCUCUCAAGACAUUGCUUCUUUGGGACUGCCCCAGGCUCCAAUGCUUACCAGAGGAGGGUCUGCCCAAAUCCAUUUCAACUUUGAACAUUCGGAGGUGUCGGUUGCUCAAACAACGUUGCCGGGAACCCGAAGGCGAAGACUGGCCAAAGAUUGCUCACAUUGAAGACGUGUAUUGUGAAUAAGGUAGUGAGGUUGAUUAUAAAGAAUAAUGGUGAAAGUUGUAGAUGCUUCUCUAUUGCCUGCAAUUUACUAAAUAAUUGUUUUCUAAACUUAUUUUUGUUUUCUGCUUGCUAGACGCCGCCGCUCUGUUAUUUAUUAUUCGACAAAAUAAUUGUUUAAUAUAGUUUCAAGUGAUUGA